AUGUGUCCCCUGCUGUGCCAAAGUGCCAACUUGUGCAAAUUUUUGAAAAAUGAAAAUGGAUUUUUGACCAAGCUGAAUCAGUCUGCAUCAUCUCUUUGGAGAGAGCAACGCAGCUGUAAGCAGGCAGCAGGUCAAAACCUAAACUUCCUGAGGCAGCGAAAGAAAACGGCGGGUGUUCGUGCUCACCGUCUACACAACACAAAGCCAAAGCUGAGACUUCGCUCAAGUCAGACCACUGUAAAGACUGUGCAUAGGGAAGACUUAAGAACAGAUCUGAGAGGUGAACACAGCUGUGGUAGUUUGAUUCAGAAAGUCCGCACACUCGAGGAGAUCACCCCUGCUGGCUGCUGCUCACAUGGUUCUGGGCCCCUGGCACUCCGGUGGUCCUGGGCAGGGCACAGGGACAUGGGGCCUGACAUGGAGCUGCUCAGCCACUCAAAGCAGUUCCUGCUACAGCUGAAUCAGCAGAGGACCAAAGGUUUCCUGUGUGAUGUCAUCAUCAUGGUGGAGAACUCCAUCUUCCGGGCCCACAAGAAUGUCCUGGCUGCCAGCAGCAUCUACUUCAAGUCCUUGGUCCUGCAUGACAACUUCAUCUACACAGGCAAGCUGCUCCCCAGCGACCAGCCAGCUGAGCCCAACUUUGGUACUCUCCUCACUGCCGCCAGCUACCUCCAGCUGCCUGAGUUGACAGCCCUCUUGUUGGGAGCCGGCAAGCCCUUUGGCCCUGGACGGGUGGGGGCUGCUGGUGUAGGGCGCUCACCCCGCAGUCAGCAGCUAUCUACAGCAUCUGUCAUCCAGGCUCGGUAUCAGGGCCUUGUGGAUGGGCACAAGGGACACCAUGCUCCCCAAGAGUUUCCCCAGAGCAAAGGGUCAGAUGAUGAGCUUUUUCUUGGCAGCUCCACACAGGAGAGUACACAUGGCCUGAGCCGGAGAGUCUGUCCAGCCAGUGGGGAGGGGGUCUUAGGAGGCUGCAGUAGUAGCACCAAUGGGAGCAGUGGGAGCUGUGAGCAACAGCUGGGCCUAGACCUGUCCAAGAAGAGUCCGCCUCUGCCUCCAGACCCCUGCCCACACCUCACUCCUGAUGACCCAGCCCAGUUGAGCGAUGGCCGGCAUGACUCACCCCCCUCGGCUUCUGUCCCACCGGUUGCCAACAGCUCCUCUUACAGAGAGGACAACCAUCUGAGUCUGCUGGAGGGCCAGGGUGGGCAGCCCCUGAGGAUCCUCUGACAUUCAACCGGCAAAGAGGAACCUGUGACUGGGUCCUCCUUUGAUCGGAGAGAAACCGGGCCCAAGGGCUCCUGUCCUGAGGAAGAGAAUGAGGGGCUGGGGGAUAAGGUUCCCAAUGGCAUUUUGGCCAGUAACAUUGGUGGAGGUGGCCCCAGUGGGCCCUACGGGGAGCCCCCAUAUCCCUGCAAGGAGGAGGAGGAGAAUGGCAAGGAUGGCAGUGAGGACAGUGGGCAGAGUGGCAGUGAGGAGGGCAGUGGUCAUGCCAGUGCCCUAGUAUACCCACAAGAAGGCUACGAGAUGGUGUCCUAUGGAGACAACCUGUAUGUGUGUAUCCCCUGUGCCAAGGGCUUCCCCAGCUCUGAGCAGCUCAAUGCUCACAUGGAGACGCAAGAGGAGGAGCUGGUCAUCAAGGAGGAGGGGGCUUAUGAGACAGGCAGCGGAGGGGCAGAGGAGGAGGCUGAGGACCUGUCCGUACCCAGCGCAGCCUAUGCUGCUGAGGCCAGGCCCUUCAAGUGUUCCAUCUGUGAGAAGACCUACAAGGACCCAGCUACUCUUGGGCAGCAUGAGAAGACACACUGGCUGACAAGGCCCUUCCCCUGCAACAUCUGUGGCAAGAUGUUCACACAGCGUGGCACUAUGACACACCACAUGCGGAGCCACCUGGGCCUAAAGCCCUUUGCCUGUGAUGAGUGUGGCAUGCGUUUCACCCGCCAGUACCGCCUCACAGAGCAUAUGCCUGUGCACUCAGGUGAGAAGCCUUAUGAAUGCCAGCUCUGUGGGGGCAAGUUCACCCAGCAGCAUAACCUCAUCAGUCACCUGUGCAUGCACACCUCACCUUCCUAG